AUGACUUCGUCAUUUGAUACUAGGCAUGCCUUCCGGGCAGUGCCACUACUUUGCUCCUUCGUGGCCUUCAUACUGGUGAUGUUGGCACUCUUUGCAGGCAACAAGCCUGGAGUCUUGGAGGGCUACCAUAUCAUUACGGAUAACAGUCUCGGUGAUAAAACGAACCUAGACACCCUCCCAUCUCCCCCGCCAAAUCCUGGAAGGAAAGGUGCCGGCCAGGGCACCGUCACUGCUAAUACGGACAACGGAAUCAUGGACGAUGGAGAAGAUAACGGUCCACGGGACACUUUCUACACUCUCUACGCCCUGGCAAUUUGCGAAGGCGGGCUCACACCCGACCACGGCCGCCAACUAACACAAUGCUACCCCUAUUUUUCCAGCUCCGACGAAAUCUUCACCAUCCCCGCCCUGCUCGGCACCCCCGACACCACCACCACCACCCACUUCCCCCAUAACAGCACCGCCCGCACCCACAGCACCUCCACCCCCCUAACCUCCACCGGGCUCACCUACCAACUCUCAGCCGCCCUCGACGGGCUGGACACGCUCUUCAAAGCGGUCGGCGUGCUCCUCUCCAUCGGCGCCGGCUUCACGGGGCUCUCGCUCUUCGCCUGCCUGCCCUCCCUCGCCGUCAGCUCCGAGACCUACAGCCACAGCGAGCUCGCCUACGACUGGGCCGUGUGGACGAACCUGACGUUCGCGUCGGCCGCGGUGCUGUUUUUGUUGCUGGGUGCGCUGGUGGCGGCCGCGGGGGCGAAGGAUGCGGAGGUAAGGAUCAACAGGCUGGGGGAGGAGGUCGGGGUGACGGCCGUGAUGGGGCUGAAUUGGAUUGCGUUGACGUGGGCGGUGGUGGGGUUGAUGACGGUGGUGUUGGUGUAUUGGGCGGUGAGGGGCGGGUGUUUGAGGAGGGCGGAUAAGAAGGGUGUGAAGCGGCAGCAGAAGCAGCAGCCAAGGGAUGUGGAGGCGGCUAGGGAGGAACCGCCGGGGCGGAGGGGAGAUGAGAAAGAGGCUUCCGUUUCGUCUGGGAGGAGUAGGCCGGCGAGGCCAGAACCGCCGAGUCGGCUAGAGCUGCCACCGAGUUCUACUCAACCGCCAGGGAAGGGUAAGGAGCCGGAAACAUACGCCCCAACAAGUGCUACGACACGACCACCACCUGAAACCCCGCGGAGGGCGGACAGAUGA